CCCUUCUCCAGUAACCCUUUUCUUCUUUUCUUUCCUCCCUUCCCGCGUUCCCCCCUUUCCCUCUCCUUUCCUCUCUUCUGGUAUUUUUAUCUUUCGCUCCUCGCGAGGAGCUUCUCGGAGGAAAGUUACCGGGGAUUGCUUGCUUGCUCAACGUUGCGGCUCGCUCCGAGGUUUCUGGUCCAACGAAACAACCGCUGUCCACUGUUCUUUUCAGGUUUCUUUGCUUGGCCAGGUACCUCGAAAAACAACAGGCGGGUACCCGCUAUAUAUUUGGCAAUCGGCUUGUGGAGAUAA